AUGAUGGCCAGUGCUCGUCCUCGAUUGUUGACACUCUGUCGGCUGAACACAGCGUCCUCUCGUUUCUCCUCCUCUAAGUGCAAUGCAGAUCUAGAGUCGAUCCUCGCUGAGCCCAGCUGGUCUGUCCGCUCCCUGCUGCCUGACAGAGCCUCACAACCCUCCUCGCCCUCAAUAACCCCCAAGCAACUCCACCAUCUUCUUCGUCUAUCGGCUCUUCCCCAGCCAGCCAGCGAUGAAGAAGAGCGAUCCAUGCUCCAAACCCUCGAGUCGCAGAUCCACUUCGUGAAAGAGAUCCAGCGCGUGGACGCGACUGGCGUGGAACCGCUGCGCAGUAUCUACGAUGAAAGCCCGGAGGCAGUGAAGGAGACAACUAUUGGGCUGGAUCGUCUCCAGGAUGCCAUGGCACAGGAACAAGUGACGGGGCGACGGAAGAGAGUGAAGCGCGUGCAAAUCGCAAAGAACGACCGACCCGAUGGCAAUGCCUGGGAUGGGGAUGCCCUUGGCUCGGCGUCCAAGACGAAGGGCCCCUAUUUCGUUGUUGAGACGGGUAGCUGA